ACAUUCAGGAGCCGGUGCAGGCCCAGUAUUUGCCAACAGUGUAUAACAGAGACGUGACCGAUCACCCGGGCGGCUAGCGAGGAUGAAAAUAAAGUAAAAACAUUAACUGGCGCCCACCCAGCUGCCGUAGCCAUGGCUGAGAACAGUGUGAGCCCUCGACAGGAAGCAGCUGGUACAUUGCUUGGUGCCACAGUAGCGUCAAAACCCUAUAAUAUGGCAUUUUGUUCGUGGUAUAAAGAAGAAAAAUACCGGGACCACUUUAAGCCAGGCAUCUAUGUUUGUCGUAAAUGUGGGCAUGAGUUGUUUUCAAGUAAAAUGAAGUACAACCAUGGAACACCAUGGCCUGCAUUUGUAAACACUAUAAAGAGUGAUUCUGUCCAGAAAAGGAAAGAAAGUAAACUUGCAUUGAAGGUAUUGUGUGGAAAGUGUGGCAAUGGCUUAGGCCAUGAAUUUUUGAAGGAUGGCCCUGAUGGAAAGAGUUCACGUUUCUGAAUAUUUUCACACUCCCUCAAAUUUGUAUCUAAAGAAGAGGGAGACGAGAAUCAGAUCAAGAAUGGUAAUGCACAAAGCAAUGGAAAUUCCUGAGGGCCAAAAGGAAAUUGUGAGAAGUCAAGGACGGCCUCCACUAACCAAGAAAAUUGCAACCUGUUUUAGAAUUCGUAGGUCAGAGUUGAAAGUUAUAUGAACUAUGAUUUUUAUUUAUUAGGAACUAAUCAAAGUCUGAUGAAAUUGCUCGAAGUAAAUGUUGUUAAUAUUAGUAAUAAAUUGAACUUCCCCAUUAUUAUGGAAUUUAUAAUAUUUUAAGUUUCAAUUUGUUUAGAAUGUGUACAUUCUAUCUGUAAGUGCACUGUAUUUUGAUACAAAUCUCAAUUUAGGAUCAUAUCAGUUUUCAGGGAAUCUCAGUACAGUAUUGUAGCAUUAGAUGUUGAUCAUUUAAUGAGUUAUUUUUUGGGGGAGCUCUGAAUAAAUUUUUUUUAAUGAGUUAUGUGAAUUAGUGUCAUGAAGCUUUAAAGAUAAACUUGAUGUCAAGGUCUCUAUGGUGGAUGUCUUGCCUAAACCACAUAACUUACUUCCUUGUCUGUUUUCACAAGUUACAAAAUUGUUAGUAGACAGCUUUUGUGUGUUACCUUAUUUUGUACAUAUCUGAUCAUAACAUCAGCUGGCCAUGAAAAUAUUUAAAUAAUUGAUAUUUAACCUUAAAAAGUAACUCAUUAAAUGAAUAAGAUGUUUAAUCUUGUCAUAUACUUCAAAAUAAUAAAGGAAUUACGUUAAUAGAA